AUAUGGCGACCUCCACCAGUCGAUCAUGCCUCCAGUACCUCUUGCAUCUUGCCCAAGAUAAUCUGGAUUUCAGAUUGCCGGAGAUUAAGGCCUUGCUCGCUCUCAGAGGAAAACCAUUCCAACCGAGUGGAAACUUCCAAGAAAAGACUCCUUUCUGGUGUCUGGAUGGUUUGUCCGAGGGGGAUAUCUGCGGCGUCAUGGCCAGAUCUGUUUGUGCAAAGUCUGCUUUUGAACUUUGGGGCCAUGGACAAACACACAGUGAACUCAGAACAUCCCUCUUGAACUACCCAUCAGAGAACAUGUCACCAUUCAUGCACAAAGACUCAACUUACAGAAUCAAUGUCUACACUUUCAACAAGACUCUGGAGUUUGCAGACAGAAUCAAAAGGAUUGAUGCUAUGGAGUAUCUUCCGUUUGAAGGAGCGGUGAGCCUGAAGAGCCCACAGCACAUCUUCUGUUUGUUGGAAGACUACGGCACCGACCCCAACGACAUCCCUGAGCACCCAAACUACAUCUAUUUCGGCCGAUGGAUAGCGGAUGGACAACGUGAACUGAUCCGCUCUCACAGUGUGAAGAACAGACACUUCAUAGGGAACACCAGUAUGGAUGCUGGGCUCUCAUUCAUUAUGGCCAACCACGCUAAGGUCAAUGAGAAUGACCUCGUCUUUGACCCGUUUGUUGGCACAGGGAGCCUGCUGGUAGCAUGUUCUCACUUUAGAGCCUACGUUUGCGGAACGGAUAUCGAUUACAACACUAUUCAUGGCAGAGGUCGUUCAAGCCGUACAAACCAGAUGUGGCGCGGACCUGAUGAGAACAUCAGAGCCAACCUGCGGCAGUAUGGAACAGAGGAGAUGUAUUUAGAUGUAAUGGUGUCUGAUGCUUCCAAACCUGUGUGGAGGGAGGCAGCUCUGUUUGAUGCCAUCAUUACUGAUCCUCCGUACGGUAUCAGAGAGUCCACGAGGAGAACGGGCUCCCACAAAGAUGUUACGAAACCCCCUGACGGCAUCUAUACAGAGUCUCACGUCCCUGUCUCACAGGCGUACCACCUGAGUGACAUCUUCACAGAUCUGUUAAACUUCUCUGCCCACCACCUGGUCUUGGGUGGGAGGCUUGUCUAUUGGCUGCCUGUCUACAGACCAGAGUACCGUGAGGAGAUGGUGCCGCUUCACCCAUGUCUCCGUCUCAUCAGUAACUGUGAGCAGACACUCUCCAGCCACACCUCACGACGCCUGAUCACCAUGGUGAAGAUCAAGAAGCCUGAGGAAUUUGACAGCCUGGCUCAACUUGCAGACACACAUUUCAGUCCUUACCAGGGACACAACGCCUUCAGAGAAAAGUAUUUCAGUGGACUAAACAAGAGGUGUGCCAAGGAGGACAACAAAUCUGUUGUCAAUGGAGAGUGACCGAAUGGCCUGCCUCGAGGGGGAAGCGUGUGUCUUUAUAGAAUAGAAAAAGCAAGUGCACACAAGAUUCAGAACGUGGCGCCCUGAAAGAGGGGAACGAACUGAUCACUUAUUUGUUACAGUUUUAAUUUUUCUAAACUUUUCACAUUAUUUUAAUUAUGAUUCUUUAUAUGCCUGUACUUAUUGCUUUGCAAAUAAAUUGAUAA